AUGGAGUCAUUCCUCACGCAGCCAAAGCGAAAGCCUAGCCCAGAGCCGAAACGCGUCACGGACGACGACGAGCCGACAGAGGUCAAGCUUGUGCUCCUGUGCUCUCUGCAUCCGGAGGUGGACCAAGAGGCUCUGCUCGAUUUUCUCCUCGCCCAUGACGGUUCAGUCAGCCGGGCGUCUGAGGCGCUCCAAUCCAGCAAACACCAGCAAUGUCCGAAGAAGAGUGCCGUGAUAGGCCGUCAAAAGUCGCUGAAGCAGUACACCAGAGGGCAUGCUACGUGGCCGACGAAGAAGAAGGUCAAAUCGACCAAGGGCAGCACGUUGCAUUUAUACGACCCCGAGGACGUGGCAGAGCAUACGCCGUGCACUAUAAUGCACAAUUUUCUCCCCGCCGAGGAUGCGAAUUCUCUCCUGCGCGAACUGUUGAAAGAAGCCGACUCGUUUGAGAAAGGCACAUUCAAGUUAUUUGACAAUGUCGUGUCGAGCCCGCACACGUCGGGUUUCUUUGUGGAGAGCUACGAAGAGAUGAUGGCGCAAAUGUCGGAAUACUACUACAACGGGUCCCAGCUGACGGACGUGCGGCGCAUCACACCGCAGCUCGCCAAGGUGAAACCCAUGGUACAAGCCGCCGUGAACAAAGAAGUCCAGCACCGGGUCGAGACCCGAUAUCCCGACGGCAAGAAGCUUAGACACCAGUCGCCCGGUUCGUGGGUCCCCAACUCUGCUUUUGUAAACUGCUACGACGGCGCACAGCAGAGCGUCGGCUGGCACAGCGAUCAGCUCACGUACCUAGGCCCGCGGGCCGUCAUUGGAUCCAUCUCGCUCGGGGUCGCACGCGAAUUCCGCGUCCGGAGAGUGUUGCCGACCGACGGCGAUGCGAGGUCUUCUGCGGAGCGGUCUGACGCGGGGGGCCAGAUAUCCAUACACCUUCCACACAACUCGCUUCUGGUGAUGCAUGCCGAGAUGCAAGAGGAGUGGAAACACUGUGUGACGCCGGCGCUCUCCAUCGAUCCGCACCCGAUUUCAGGGAACAAACGGAUCAACAUCACGUACAGGGACUACAGGCAGAGGAUGCAUCCCAGGUACACACCGAGGUGCACGUGCAAGGUGCCUUGCGUGCUGAGGGUAGUGCAGAAGAAGAAGGAGAAUUUUGGAAAAUACUUUUGGAUGUGUCACGCAGGAAAUGUCCCCGGGAAAGAUGGAUGCUCGUUUUUCCAAUGGGCCGAGUUUGAUGAUGACGGAAAUCCGGUGGCAAGUGGGAAGACGGAGGAGCACUGCCGGCGGUGA